UCGGCAUAUUGAAGAAGUCUUGGAUAAGUUUGUUAAUUGUCACGAGCAAACAUAUGAAGAAUUUCUGAGCACUUUCGCUCAUCUUUCAAAAGAACGGGGCACUGAGGAAUGGCAGGGAGCCCCUGGAAGUCUGCUUGCCUCUAACUGUGAUGAAGUUUGAAGAACCUUUCAUUCCUCCUCACUCCUGUUUCCAAGCACCUCCAUGCCUGUCUUGCUCCACGCUGCUGCCACGGCUUGUCUCUGCCCCAGGACUGAUGAUUUUACAGCCAUAAUUGUGGCUGUAAAAGAGGAAGAAGUCAGAGAGGAUAAUGUGACCAAAAGAGGAGCCUUUGGAACCAAUUCUUCAGAAAACAAUUUUCCUUCAGUAAAAUUUACUCAGAGAAAUGAACCAAAUGAUCACCAUCUUAGCAAUAAAGCCGUCUUUCUUCGUACUUCGUCACAGUGUUCAGAAGAGGAACAGAUAGUGAUGGAUGAAGGCCAAAAAGUUGGCAGUUCCUUUCAAGGUGAUCUGAAUCGGGCAGGAAAGGUGAAGGUAGACAACUUCCUUGAUUUAGAAGAUUUGGACUUGGAUGAAGACAUUAAGCCCCAAAUGAGUAAGAAUUUGCUGCUGCUUCCAGGAGAGGUGGAGCAGGACAUGAGCAUGAGUGUUCCUUCUUACAUUCCUUCUGUGGCCCAGCCUCUUACCUCUGGAGUGAAGCCAAGGCCCACUGGAAAAGGAGCAGACAAACAAAGGGAAGAGAUAGUCGGAGAUGAAGUUCGGCCGUUCUCACUUGAUGAAGAAUUUGAUUAUGACGCUGUGAUGCUAACCCCCAAGUUCACUCCUGCAGAGAUAGAUGCCAUCAAAGAGCUAUGUGAGCAAAAGAAAAAGAGCACAGACUUAGAGAAACCCCGGGACUGAUCCACCAAGACAUCUUCGUGUUUAUUUUUAUCUUGUUCUUAUUCGAGCAACAUUAGAAUAAAAUAUAUACCUACUAUAA